AUGCCAACCGGAUCUUGCAUGUGCAAUGCAGUUCGCUAUGAGUUCCAGGGCGAACCUGACGUGACAGCGCUCUGUCAUUGCGUGGAUUGCCAGAAAUGGAGUGGUGCUGCUUACACUUCCAACAUUGUCGUCCCAAGAAAAGCCUUCAAGGUUACCCAGGGCACGCCGAAAAGCUUCGCCGUCACUGGUGAUUCUGGAAAGAAGAAUAACCACUUCUUCUGUGGAGACUGCGGCAGUUCUUUGUACACUGAGCUGGAAGUCAUGCCUGAUCAGACUUGCAUCAAGAGUGGAGGUGUAGAUGACCGCAACGUUCGAGACUACCCAGUUGGCGUUGAAUUCUACACCAAGGACCGCAUGAAGUAUUCUGCCGCUGUCCCCGAUGCGAAGCAAGUCACUCAGUUUGGUUGA